UCAAUUGAUGUCAUCGUAGCAUCAAUUGACCUUAAAGCACUCGCAGCACCCACUCCACGACGCCAGAACAUACAACAUCUAACCAGUCAAGAGCAUAUCAGCCAUCCUCCUUGGUAUCCAACCGUCUUCCUUGGCACCAUGGCACAAGACCUGAGAUCGCAGGAUAUCAAGAAUCCAAUUGACGUUGCAGAGUAUCUGUUUCGACGCCUGAAGCAGGUGGGUGUCGAGUCCAUCCACGGUCUUCCUGGCGACUACAACCUUGUUGCUCUCGACUACAUUCCCAAGACCGGUCUGAAGUGGGUCGGCAACUGCAACGAGCUCAAUGCAGGCUACGCAGCUGAUGGCUACGCCCGCGUGAAGGGCAUCUCUGCUAUCGUGACUACUUUCGGCGUGGGCGAGCUCUCUGCAGUCAACGCGAUUGCCGGCGCCUACUCUGAAUAUGUCCCUAUUGUCCACAUCGUCGGCUAUCCCUCGACACUAUCACAACGCGAUGGCGCCCUCCUGCACCACACGCUCGGCAACGGCGACUUCACUGUCUUCUCCAGGAUGUCCAAGGAGAUUUCCUGCGCCGUCUCCAUGCUGAAUAACGUCCACGAAGCCGCGACACUCAUCGACAACGCCAUCCGCGAAUGCAUCCUCCAGUCUCGCCCGGUGUACAUCUCCCUCCCCUCGGACAUGGUCCAGAAGAAGGUGGACGGCGACAGACUGAACACACCCCUCGACCUCGAAUACCCACCCAACGAGCAGGAGCGGGAAGACUACGUAGUCGACGUGGUGCUUAAGUACCUCCACGCCGCGCAGAACCCCGUCAUCCUCGUCGACGCCUGCGCCAUCCGCCACCGCGCGCUCAAGGAAACCCACGAUUUCGUCAAGAAAUCCGGCCUCCCCACCUUCGUCGCGCCGAUGGGCAAGGGCGCUGUCGACGAAACCCUGCCCAACUUCGGCGGCGUCUACGCAGGCGACGGCAGCAACAAGGGCGUCCGCGAGCGCGUCGAGUCCUCCGACCUCGUCCUCAGCAUCGGUGCGAUCAAGUCCGACUUCAACACCGCCGGCUUUACCAUCCGCCAAUCGCAGCUCAACACAAUCGACUUCCACAGCUACGCCGUCAAGGUUCGCUACUCGGAGUACCCAGGGAUCCGCAUGAACGGCGUGCUGGCCAAAAUCACCGAGCGCCUGGGCAAGUUGAACAUCCACCCCGGCCCGGAGCCCAGCAACUCCAUCCCAGACGCCGAGCUCAAGUCGCCCGAGCCCACCAUCACACACGCCUGGUUCUGGCCGCGCCUGGGCCAGUUCCUGCAGCCCGACGACGUCGUCAUCACCGAGACGGGCACCUCCAACUUCGGCAUCUGGGAGACCCGCUUCCCGGCCGGUGUCAACGCCAUCUCGCAGGUGCUGUGGGGCAGCAUUGGGUACGCGACGGGCGCGUGCCAGGGCGCGGCGCUGGCGGCCCGCGAGAAGGGCAUCAAGCGCACGAUCCUGUUCACCGGCGACGGCAGCUUCCAGCUCACAGCGCAGGAGGUCAGCACCAUGAUUCGCAACGGGCUGAAUCCGAUCAUCUUUGUCAUCUGCAACAACGGGUAUACGAUCGAGCGGCUGAUCCACGGCUGGCAGGAUGCAUACAAUGAUGUGCCCGAGUGGAAGUACAAGGAGCUACCGGAGGUGUUUGGCGCGCCAAAGGGCAGCGUGCUGACAUAUCGGGUGGAGAGCAAGCAGCAGGUCGAGCAGUUGUUCAACGAUGAGGAGUUCAAGAGCGGCGACACAACGAAGAUGCGGUUUGUCGAGCUGGUCAUGCCAUGGGACGACGCGCCUGCUGCACUCAAGGGCGUUGCCGAAGCUGCUGCGCGGAAGAAUGCGCAGGCUGAGUAGACCAUCGGUUUGGUGAUUGGCCGGAGUUUCUAGACACUCUUCUCAUUUAAUAUUAGCGAUGUCAAAUGCCCAAACAAUUUCGUGUAUCUGGAAUACAUGAGACUUUCGUCAUACAUUCAUUCGUGGUAUCUAU